UUCCUCUGCAACCCACCACCACCCAUCCGCCUCCUCCCCCUCUUGCCUUUCCCUUCCCUUCGCCUUAACCCUCCCCUCUCCUCCACCACCACCGCCUCUUCCCCUCCCCCCGCGAGGCGGCCGACGCUCCCAUGCCCGCCGGCGCCCGGCCCGACAAGCCCGAGCCGGACCGCGCGGCCUAGCGGUGCUGUUUUCUCUUUUUGGCAAGCCGGCCCGCGAGGGAAGCGAUGGCGAAGCCGACCCCGGUGGCCUCGCCGGAGGAGGCGGCGGCCCUGCGGCGCCGGCUGAGGCGGCUGGUGGCCACGGUGGCGGCCGGGAGCGCCGACGCGGAGGCCUUCGACGAGGCGGCCGAGGCGCUCGCCAAGCUCAGGGACGCCGAGCUCGCCCCCCGCAAGGACCGCGCUGUUGCCGCCGCCGGCGGUGUGGGCAAGGGCGGCGCGGAGGCCGCCGCGGUCCCGGAGCAGUUCCUGUGCCCCAUAUCCUCGGAGAUCAUGAGGGAUCCCGUCGUCCUCGCCUCCGGCCAGACAUAUGAUCGUCGCUUCAUUCAAGAAUGGUUAAGUGCUGGAAACCGAACUUGUCCACAGACCCAGCAAGUCCUUUCAAAUACAAUUCUCAUCCCGAACCACCUUGUCAGAAGCAUGAUCUCACAGUGGUGCACGGAUAAUGGGAUCACUCUGCCACCAGUUGAGAACCAAGAUGAAGAUCUGAUCACAAAUAAUGAGCGGAAGACAUUUAGUAAAAUAUUUGAGAGGAUCGCAUCAUCGUCAAGUCUAUCUGAGCAGAGGGAAGCUAUUAAAGAUCUCAGGCUGCUGACCAAGAGCAACAGUUCACUGAGAGCAGCCAUUGGAGAGAAUCCAGAUUCAAUCUCACAGAUGAUUUCCACUGUAUCAAACCCAGAGCUAGAGAACAAUGCAGAUGUUCUGGAAGAUAUGGUGACAACUAUUCUUAAUCUUUCAAUUCAUGAGAGCAACAAGAAGAUCAUUGGAGAUGACCCAUUAGCACCCCCCUUCCUCAUAAGGGCCCUACAGUCAGGAACCAUGGAGGCCCGCAGCAAUGCUGCAGCUGCCAUCUUCAGUUUGUCUGCUCUUAACAGCAACAAGGUGAAGAUUGGUGAACUAGGCGCGAUGAGACCUCUGGUGGAUCUCCUCGAACACGGCAGCAUGAUAGCGAAGAAAGAUGCAGCGUCAGCUAUUUUCAACCUCUGCAUGCUGCAUGAGAACAAAUCAAGGGCCACCAAGAGCGGGGUCAUAGACGUGACCCUGAAGGCCAUUGCUGAUGACUUGCUCGUGGACGAGUCCCUGGCCAUCCUUGCCCUGCUGUCGGGCGACCAUGAGACAGUGGAGGAGAUUGGUGAGACCGGCGGUGUGGCCUCCAUGCUCGGUGUCAUAAAGGAGGAUCAGUGCAAGCGCAACAAGGAGAAUGCCGUGGCAGUGCUGUUCGCGGUCUGCAUGUACGACCGCACCAAGCUGCGGGAGGUCGCGGAGGAUGAGAACCUGAACGGGUCCCUGGCCUGGCUCGCGCAGAAUGGCACCUCGAGGGCGCGACGGAAGGCUGCAGGGAUCCUUGACAAGAUGAAGAGGGCCGUGCACCACACCCACUACUCUUGCUAGUGCCCUGCCCGCACCGCCUGCCAUGGUUGUGUAGUUAUGGGAAUAAUAAGGGGCUGCUGGUUUCUUCGCUGUAUAUAUAAAUUCGGCUGCAUAUAUAGCUACUCUUGGUCUUUGGUUUGGUAUAUAUGAGGUUACAGUUUCGGUCUUGUAGGGUAAGUGGUGGUUUUCCUCUUAAAGCGUUCAUAUUCUUCUCAUCA